AUGGGUUCGAGCGUAUCCAUGUCUUCGGCAUCUGCUCGAAUUCCUGCCAUGAAUGAACACUCGAUCCAUCGUGAAUAUGAUCAAAAACGACGACGUGGCCAUCUUUCUCCCCAUCACCAUUCUCAUUCCAUCACUUAUUCAGGUGAAACAUGUUCCUCCCAUCGACCAUUCUCAACUCCCAUUUCAAACACUUGUAAAUCUCUUUCAACCUCACCUCAUGAAUUGGGUGAGAAAUGUUCCAAUACAAAAUCACCAUUCACAUCAUCAUCAUCAUCACCAACGGCUAUUGUUCUCCAUAACAUUCCUACCAAGACAAAACGUCGAAGAUCUCUCCAUCCUCGAGCGAUUCAUUCUCUUCCGAAAUUCGAAGACAAGUUGUUGUUCCAUCAGAAUCCACAGCCACCUCCACGAAAACAUCACUCUCUACCUUAUCCAACAACAACAACAACAACCAAAACCAAACACAAGGAUCCACUCUCCCUCUCGAGAGGAUUUGGACAUGCAUCGAGAUCCGGCGAAGAGGAUCUUACGUUGGUCCGUCCCAUGUCCAUGAAGAAUCAUCCUUUGAAAUCCCUUAAAGGAACACCCCUUGCACGUGCCAAACAAUCCCACCACUCGACCAUCACUUCAAAAUCACAAAGUAAAUCCUCUCUCUCCAUCUCAACAACAACCUCUUCAUCUUCCAGCAGCUCUUUGUUCACCACAGAAUCCAUCACCUCUUCUUCCAGUUCUUCUCUCUUCUCUUAUCUAAAGUUGAAGGACAAUGAUGAUGACCUAUCUAGUUCGGACGAUGAUGACUCGAUCACUUCCGACGACGAAAAGUCCACCAAUUUCAAUGUUUCCUUCUCCUCUCUCAAAAAGAUGUUGUCCAAUGAUUUGAGAAGGGCCUCCUCCCUCCGAUCGAAAUCAUCCUCUCCUUUGAAAGGUCUUGAUGCAUUAUUUCCACACCAUUUACCUCCUCCUCUCGAUGCGACAUCUCCAAACUCAUCCCAUUCAAGAAGAAGUGCAAGUUCUUCAACUUCAUGGCUGCCGCCGUUUGUAGGUCUUGGAAAUUCUGAAUGUAAAAUUAUUGUCACUCCACCUCCCUCGAAUGACUCUCCUAUUCCUUUCCACACGACUGCCACGGCAACAAUAAUGGAAACAGGAAAAAUCAAAACCAUUGAAGAAGAACGACAAGCAAGAAAGAAGUUACUGCUCGCAAAGAGAAGGACCUUGUAUUAUAUACAGUGUUUACACAAGACCAAAGAAGGCUUUUGGUAA